AUGGACGCAUAUGAAUGUGACAAUUGCGGCAUCCAGCCUGAAGAAGACGACGACCCGGAUCUGUCGCGCUGCAAUGGGUGCAAGAUCGCGUACUACUGCGACCGAACUUGCCAGAAGGAACACUGGCCCGAGCACAAGGCCGAAUGCAAAGAUCCGGAGUGGCGCGCCGCGAACGCGAGGUUUGGAGAAGCGAAGGAGAAGAAGGCGGCACGGCGACGGGAGACGCGAAAGGCAUGGGAUGCCCGCGUGAAUGAACAGCCGAGCGCAAAUACUAGCUGGGCUGUGUUCCAGCGAAGAGCCAGAAAGAGGAAGGGGAACCCGCUGGAGUAUCGGCGCGCCGAUAUGCCAGGUGAUCAGGUGUUACGGUUUGAUGACAAGAACGUCCUUGAGGCUGGCAAGUUCAUGAAGGAAAUCACCAAGGUCGUGUUCGCGCCCGGUAUGGGCCUCACUGACUCGGAUGUUGACACCAUCAUGACUGUCGACCUCGACGUACGAUCGGGAAUACGUGUAUUUGUUGCCGGAGACCCAUUGUGCCCUGACAAGAAGACAGUAGCGCUCGAUGUCACCGAUGCAGGCGUCAAGAAGCUCUGCCAGGCCUUGCCAAACCUCGAAGUCGUAAAGCUCAUGUCCACACGCAAACUUGGCGGCAGGGCAUUUCCUGAAAUCAUUCUGGGUUGUCACAACAUCGAAGCGGUCACCAUCACGGCACAGAAGGGUAGCAAAGCCAACCUGGACGAGGGCGACUUCCUGAACGAACUCAUCGACAAGGAAUAUCGCACGAAGCUGCGAUAUCUCGACUUCCGCGGUGUCCACCUUAAUAGGGAACAUCACAACUUCCUGAGGUUCCUGACGAAACGCAGGCCAGCUUUGGAGAUCGUCUUUCAAGAUGGGCAGACUCCCGCGGUGCUUUUUCGGGACAUGAACUCGGUGCCGCUCUCCAAGGUGCCGAAGCAGACCGCUAAGAAAGAAGGCGACGAUGAUGACUCGGAGUCGGGAGACAAAAGCGAUGAAGAGGCCAGAGAGAAGCGAAGAAGAAACGCCAGGGCUCUGGAGCUCGCUGGGCGCCGUCAUGCACUGAGUGACGCCCUUGGACGUCCCUUGUAUGAGGGCGAGAUGGACUAUGAUAGUGGCCAAGAUGAGCUAUCGGAUCCUGACGACGAUGGCAUCGAUGACGAAGAAUACGCACAGAUGAUGGCUAUCUUCCGUCAGAUGGACGGCUUUGACGAUGAGGAGGACGAUGAUGACUAUUAUUAUUGA